CAUCUGGAGGAACAUGAAAUAUUAGAGAUCCCGUUGUGUGUAAACAAGAAAGCUCGCGGAGUGAUCCCGUGCGCGUUCACGCCCUGGUCAACGGAGCACAACUUGAAAACGACGAAAAAAGUGCGACCGGAUACUGUGGAAUAUAUAAUCGCGCAAAGAUAAAAAUAUACAAAUUGCAGGUUCCAGGCAGCUUGCACUUUGCCCUAAUACUACUCCACGAUUUGAAAAGAGAUAUUGCAUACCACCGAAAUGAUACGACUUCGCCAAAAAAAUUAGUUCAAAAAGGAUCCUAGGGACAUGACUCCUACACUGUUCAGUGCAGUACAGUGCAGUUCCAGUGUAGUCCCAGUACAGAGGAAAGGAACAGACUUAGGGUCUCUAGCGUUUUGCUGUCAAAGCCUCCCAGGUAGUCGUAAAAAAUGUCAAACGUGGGUAAUCUGGAGCAACAAAUUGCGAGCUUGCAACUUAAUCACGGCGAUGGCGUGGCCAAAACUGCCAAACCUGGCAAGAAGGUCGGGCCUGCGGUGCCGCCUAAACCAAAAAGAUCUCAGCCUCAGAUACCGCAAAGUUACACCAUAAAGGCUCCACCAACACCGUCAUACAGCACAGUGCUGAAUAAUGCGGGUUCCAAUGAGAAAGCUACUAACUUGUACAUGAACACUGCAUCAUCAUAUGCUCCAUUGGACAUACAAAAUGAUUUCUCACAAAUGGUACCAGCGAAUGGCAAGGAGACAUCGAAACUCUAUCAGAACAACGAUAGCUUCUACGCGUGUCAAUCGGACGAGAAGUUCGAGCCCAAGUACAGAUAUGACGAGAAGAAUUACUACUCCAAUAUCGGUAACAUGCCGGCCCCUCAGGUACCUGUGCCGGACGAUCGCGCAAACAGAGCGACCAGAAAUGCGGUUUACAGCAAUAUCGAGCCACCGGUGCCGAUCCCGGUUCCUACGCCGAUAAAAACCGAGAAGGAUAUCAUAUACAGCAACAUUCAGUGGAGCCCUAAACCAGAGAACACGUACUGCAACGUUCCUCCUCCGCAUGGCGGUGGUAAGAACUUAUACGAAUCGGUUGAGUACAAAUUUCAAACAUUAAGACGACAACCAGACGAUGAUUUACCGCCACCGCCGGAGCCAUCGGAGUAUGUUUCAUGCGUACCUGGGAAUUCAUUUCCACCGCCGCCGGAAGAACUGCCUCCGCCGCCGAGUCCCGUGUCUUCCAGUUACAGUGAGUUGAGACGCGCCACUUACCAAACCGACUUCCCGUCAGGCAACUAUCCCGCUGAUAUUUACGGACCAAGUUCUCAGUCGAGUUCGACGUACGAGUCCAUAUACGAACCGAUUAAUCCCAGACCACCGUCACAAUUGUCGUGCAACUACUCCAUGUACUCUGGCUACGGAUCGGCCACGUCUACUCAACCGCAGGGCAAAGUAUCCCCCGUUAAAGAAGUCGACGUCCUCACGGAUCUGUUGGUCCAAGGGAUGGCGGAUAACAGCGAAGACAAUGACAUUUACGGUAUUUGUGCGCAAUGUGGACGCAAAGUCGAGGGAGAGGGCACUGGAUGCUCGGCGAUGGAUAAAGUUUUUCAUAUAAGUUGUUUCUGCUGCUUCGUAUGCAAAGUCAAUUUACAGGGGAAGCCCUUCUACUCGCUGGAGGGCAAGCCUUACUGCGAGGAGGACUAUCUCAAUACCCUGGAGAAGUGUUGCGUCUGCAUCAGACCGAUACUAGAUAGAAUAUUACGAGCAACCGGCAAGCCGUAUCAUCCCUCAUGCUUUACUUGUGUCGUUUGCGGACAGAGUUUAGACGGUAUACCGUUCACUGUGGACGCCACGAAUCAGAUACAUUGCAUUCAAUGCUUCCACAAGAAGUUCGCGCCUCGCUGCUGCGUCUGCAAGUUACCGAUAAUGCCUGAACCCGGCGAAGACGAGACCGUGCGAGUGGUGGCGUUGGAUCGCAGCUUCCACAUACAGUGCUACAAAUGCGAGGAUUGUGGAUUGGUAUUGUCUUCAGACUCGGAGGGACGAGGCUGCUAUCCCUUGGACGAUCAUGUAUUAUGCAAAAGUUGCAAUGCAACGCGUGUCCAGGCCUUAACGUCUGACAUGACGACCGAAUUAUAAUAUGCCGCACGGGCCCGAGAUAAGACAUUCUUUAUGAUACUUGUCGAAAAUUAACGGAAAAACGAGCACGAGCGAAAUAUCAUUCGUCGUGAAGUAUCAUUGUGAUUAACCGUAUAUGUAGCGAUAUCGAUACCGCGCUUGGUAUGGUAUUGCAAUUUUCUUUUUAAGAUACGGUUUUUCUAUUCCGCUAUUGUUAUCACAUACAAGGUCGCAGUAUUCCUUAUAUUCAGAGGAAUUUCCACCUAUUAUAUUAGCGCGAAAGAUCAUUUUUUUACAAUGUCGUAGGUAUUAAUCAAUUUACACAAGUGACUCUUGCCACAUUUGGAUUUCUUUACAAUAUGACUCGAAGAAAGAAGAAUAGUUACAGACUUUUGUACUCGAUUUAUGUGAAUCUUAACGGUGUAAGAUCGACGCGUUGAAAUUCCGUCGCACUGCCAUAAUAGAAGCAUUACCGCUACGUUACGGAAUAUAACGGACAUAACAUGUCGAUGACGACGAAUAAAAAGUAACAUAGAUUAAUUCCGACGAUCAUUUUCCUGCAGAUGAUGUGAUUAUCAUUGUGAUUCUAGCAAAGUAUUCGACGUACCGCGAAGUAUUUAACGUGUAGUCCGUUGACGGGAGAAUACCGCUUCAAUUCAUAUAUAUAUUUAGAGAUAGAUCGCAGAGAUUCGGGAAGUAGCAUUAUUAUAUAUACAUACAUAUAUAUAUAUAUAUAUAUAUAUAUAUAUAUAUAUAUAAUACAUAUAAUAUAUAUAUGGACAAUAUAUAUAUAUAUAUAUAUAUAUGUGUAAUCGGUGAGAGGAGGUGUGCCAUCUCUUUUAACAUAGCUGUAAACCAAUUCUCUCGAUAAGACUACCAAAAAGAAGAGAAAACAAGAACGCUCAAACGUGUCUCGAACAACUUGUGACAUAAUUACCAAUUCCCGAAUUGUCGCAUCAAUAAGACAUACAUUCAGGAGACUUGUACGAUCUCUGUAUUAUAGUAUCAAUAAAAAUACAGUUUGUUAUUUAUGGCCAAA